AUGGACCCUUUCAACUCUCUUUACGCUUCUACGACUCCACUGAUAGACCAACUCUCAUCCACAUCACCACAGUCCCUUGAUUUUUUGACGUUACAGAAUGAAAUUGUUUCAUGUAUACAUGACCUCGAGGAAAGUGUUAAAGUUGUAGAGUCUAACAACGGAAACAUACUCGAUAAUCCCUUUGGAGAGAUAUCUCAAGAUGAGAUUGCCGAACGGAAGAUGCAAAUACAAGGCUUGCAUGAAAGCUUAAAUAAGAUACUAGCAGAGAAAAAUGUAUCAACGCUGAAAGGAGGUUAUGGAGCUAACCCGUUUGCAGACAACAUGAAAAUCCAUACUACAACGGAUUCCUACAGAAGUGAAGAUCAGGACCCGCCUCAAUUGGACAGUGCAACCCGUGAAUACCAUCAGCAAUUAUUGCAACAGCAGGACGAUUUGAUCUCAAACGAGUUGAGUCGCUCGAUCAAUAACCUACAUCAACAGGCUGUGACCAUCGGAGACGAACUUGACUAUCAGCAGGACCUGCUUGAUCAGGUGGAAAACAAUAUGGAGAGGUUGAACUUCAAGAUAGUCAAUACGGGAAUGAAGCGGAUAAAUAAAUUUUUGGCCACAAAUGAAAUGGGUGGUAAUUGCUGUAUUGCAGUUUUGAUUGUAGUUUUGAUCAUCAUUUUAGUGCUGCUAAUAAUAGCAUAA